ACGUCGUUAGCGAGGCCAACCCCGACUCGACCCGAAGGACAAAUCGAGGCGACUCUCUGGAAGCGCUUGUCAACAAGGGAGUGUGAAUGGAGAUGGAAUAGUAGCUCUUAGCAGUAAAUGGUGUUCAGGGCGAUUUGGGAAACACUUUGCCGGACAAGCCCCCGUGUCUGUUCCGUAGCGUCACGCGGGUCAGAUACACCUUUUUAAUUGAAGACCGAUGUGGAGUGAGUGAUACUCCUGUCAUCAAGUCCCAGAACAUCCAUGUGUAUAAUCUUCUUCAAGUUUGAUCCCCGGCCGGCAUCCAAAAAUGCCUACAGGCUAAUUUUGGCUGCAAACAGAGAUGAGUUUUACAACAGACCGUCCAAAGCUGCAGACUUCUGGGGGACCAACAGCGAAAUCCUCAGCGGUCUGGACCUAGAGUAUGGUAAAGAAGGUGGAUCAUGGCUGGGAAUCAGCAAAAGGGGCAAGCUGGCUGCCAUCACAAACUACAUGGAAGGACAUCCUAACCCCAACGCACAAGGAAGAGGGUUUCUUGUAUCCAACUAUCUUAUGGAUAAGGACCUAGACAGCUACUCCUACCUGAAGAAGGUGUCUGCAGAAGGCCACAUGUACAACGGCUUCAAUCUCAUCACAGCCGAGUUCAAAGCCAAACAAGACACUGUGUGUUACUAUGGAAACAAAGGCAGCUCGGAGCCCAUCCGUCUGAAUCCAGCAGGGAUCUACGGCUUAAGUAACUCGCUCCUGGAUACGCCGUGGAAGAAACUGCUGAAAGGCAAGCAGCACUUUACUAGUAUCAUCAACGACCAGUCGCUGUCCUGCGAUGGACUCGUCCAAGAGCUGCUCAACGUCCUGAAUAACGAGGAGCUGAACACACCUGAUCAAAUUCAAGAGCUGCAAGGUGACGGUUACAGCAAGUCCAUGAUCCAGGCUCUGUCAGCCGUAUGUGUCCGCUCUCCUCAUUAUGGCACAAGGACCAACACAAUAAUCCUGAUCGAUGCAGAGGGGAGCGUCACCUUCACAGAGCGCACAAUGAUCGACUUUGACACGAGCAAAUGGAGUACCAAUUCUUUUCAGUUCAACCUCCAAGCAUGAAGACGAGUUAGAGGAGAGCCACUGUGUGCCUUUCUGCAACACCUUUCCCUCCGUCGGCCAUUCUGCCGCAGCUGCUCUCCCCCGACGCAGUGCAAAGAGCAGAAUGACUCUUCUGCAGUUUUUCUUCAGCUAGACGCCAGCUGCCUCACGUGCAUCGGCGACAUUACCUCCCUGUUCUUGAUUUCAUUUCGGGUUUCCUCUUUUAAAAAAAAAAAAAAAAGAAAAAAGUGUGCUCCUUUAAAUAAACUGCCAAUGGACAAUUACAUUUUUGUGAAUCAAAAUGUUUUAUAGACACAACACGCUUGUUGGGAUGCUCAAGGAUUUCUAAAAUGAGAUUUACCGCUAGCCAUAAAAUCCUUGUGAUGCUCGAAUGCUACUUUUUUCUUAUUGUGGAUGGAAUCUAGUUAAUUUUUUGCUAAACCGUUCAGACACAUUGUCUUAUCGGUGUCCUAAUGCCACCAAAGAAUUGUGGACAAGGUGUUAUAAUUUAAAGAGCGGUGUCUAAGCUCAAACUGGCGAAUGAUGCUUGCAAAUAAUUAGUAUCUGGUAUCACUGGAGCCAUUUUGAGAAAGCCUAGUUCAUUUGUGCAGCACCAAAGUGCUUCACAGGAAAUCAAGGUAACGGGGAUAAAACAUUAAAACCAAGCUCAUCAAAGCUGCCCAUAACAGCACACGGUUCCUCCAUUAGCCAGAAAAUCAGUUUUUGUGUUGGUUUGACAGAUUUUACCCCAAAUUUGGUCCUAAUUCACUCUUGUGUUUUUUAAAUAGAAGGUGUUGAUCAUACAUUUGCAUACAUAUCAUGGAGUUUCAUCUUUUUUUAUGAUACAGUAAAACCCAUUGCUUUUUGUGGCGCAAUGAAGGUGCAACAUGCAACUUGAGUGAGUUUUGAAAGUGAAGUUUGAAUUCAUGCUUGAUUUUCCCCUAUCUACACAGGUUCAGAGUAAUAAACACUGGUUCAAAUAUGUUCAUCUGAUAUGUGGUAAGUCUCUUUGCAGGUUCCAACUUGACCGCACACUCCUUUUCAGUCAGUAACAAGACUGACUUGAUUCUGACUUGUGAUUUGACUGCUCUUCCUGGCACAAUUAUUUGACUGUAUUUAAAUUUUCUGGGUUCUUGCCAUAGGCGUGAAUUAUAAAGUUAAUAAAUUCCCAACAUGGUUGAA